AGCAUUUCUUUAGAACAUUGUGUACAUCUUUAAAUCUCAAGACAAGCAUAGAAAAAAGGUAUAUGCUAUGGAAGAACAUACAUCUUAAAAGUUCUGAUAGAAUUUUGAAAAAAUACACAUUUUCUGUUGAAGUGCAUCUUCUUUUGGUUAAAGAAGCCUCUGUGCUUUUUUCUUCGCUCCUAGAAGAGCGACUGCCAGGGGAAAGCAUGACUGUGGUAAUACUUCUAAUACUUCUGCAAGUGACUCACUGUCGCGUUCAUACUAUUAGCUCUGAACAGAUGUCAGAAAGUGAAGAUUGGCUGCCUCUAGAUCAAGUUGCGGCUGCCAGCUCUCGCGAGCUUUGUCAGUAACAGUUGAUUGCAAUGUCAGUGCAGUUCAGUUCACCGGCUGGAGCGGCAGCUGCAAUCUGCAUAUCCCUGAAGUAUUGCAUGGUUUUCACUCCUCGCAAACUUUAUCCUCCUGGUGGCGGAGAGUCAGAAAUCAAUAUGCAUAGCAAGGUCACGGUCCAAUGCAUCAGAUUUCUCUUGUGGUUUCUUUGGCUCUGCAUGCUUAUUGGAAAGUCACACAUGGAAGAUGACAUCAUAAUUACAACCAAGAAUGGAAAGGUCAGAGGCAUGAGUUUGCCGGUUCUUGGUGGCACUGUAACAGCCUUCCUUGGAAUUCCCUACGCACAACCCCCUCUUGGUCGACUUCGAUUUAAAAAGCCACAGCCCCUGACCAAGUGGUCUGAUAUUUGGAAUGCCACAAAAUACCCAAAUUCUUGCUAUCAGAACAUAGAUCAAAAUUUCCCAGGCUUCCAUGGGUCAGAGAUGUGGAAUCCAAACACUGAGCUCAGUGAAAACUGUUUAUACCUAAAUGUGUGGCUUCCAGCUCCUAAACCAAAAAAUGCCACCGUGAUGGUAUGGAUUUAUGGUGGUGGUUUUCAAACUGGAACAUCAUCUUUACAUGUCUACGAUGGCAAGUUUCUGGCUCGGGUUGAAAGAGUUAUUGUAGUUUCAAUGAACUAUAGAGUUGGUGCCCUAGGAUUCUUAGCUCUACCAGGAAAUCCCGAAGCACCAGGGAACAUGGGUUUAUUUGAUCAACAGUUGGCACUUCAGUGGGUCCAAAAAAAUAUAGCAGCCUUUGGUGGAAAUCCUAAAAGUGUCACUCUCUUUGGAGAAAGUGCUGGAGCAGCUUCAGUUAGCUUUCAUUUGCUUUCUCCUCGAAGCCAGCCAUCAUUCACUAGAGCCAUUCUGCAGAGUGGAUCUUCUAAUGCACCUUGGGCAGUGACAUCUCUUGAUGAAGCUAGGAACAGAACGAUGACCUUAGCUGCAUUUAUUGGUUGCUCUAGAGAGAAUGAGACUGAGUUAAUCAAAUGCCUUCGAAAUAAAGAUCCCCAAGAAAUUCUUCUGAAUGAAGUGUUAGUUGUCCCUUAUGGUACUCUCUUGUCUGUCAAUUUUGGUCCAGUCGUAGAUGGCGAUUUUCUCACUGACAUGCCGAACAUACUGCUCCAGCUAGGACAAUUCAAAAAAACCCAGAUCUUGGUGGGUGUUAACAAAGAUGAAGGGGCAGCUUUUUUAGUAUAUGGUGCUCCUGGGUUCAGCAAAGAUAACAACAGUAUCAUAACUAGAAAUGAAUUUCGAGAAGGUUUAAAAAUAUUUUUUCCAGGAGUGAGCGAAUUUGGGAAGGAAUCAAUUCUUUUUCAUUACACAGACUGGAUAGAUGAUCAGAGACCUGAAAGCUACCGUGAGGCCUUGGAUGAUGUUGUGGGGGAUUACAAUUUUAUAUGCCCUGCCCUGGAGUUUGCCAAAAAGUUCUCAGAAUGGGGAAAUAGUGUCUUUUUCUACUAUUUUGAACACCGAUCCUCCAGACUUCCUUGGCCAGAAUGGAUGGGAGUGAUGCAUGGCUACGAAAUAGAAUUUAUCUUUGGUUUGCCUCUGGAAAGAAGAGUUAAUUACACAAAAGCUGAGGAAAUUUUGAGUAGAUCCAUAAUGAAACGCUGGGCGAAUUUUGCAAAAUAUGGGAAUCCAAAUGGGACCCAGAGCAAUAGCACAAGAUGGCCAGUCUUCAGAAGCACUGAACAAAAAUAUCUAGCCUUGAACACAGAGUCACCAAGAAUAUAUACUAAACUACGUGCUCAACAAUGCCGAUUCUGGACACUGUUUUUUCCUAAAAUCUUGGAAAUGACAGGAAAUAUUGAUGAAGCAGAACGAGAGUGGAAAGCAGGAUUCCAUCGCUGGAGCAAUUACAUGAUGGACUGGAAAAAUCAAUUUAACGAUUACACCAGCAAGAAGGAAAACUGUGUGGGCCUCUAAUUAAUAGAUCUACCCUUUAUAGAAUGUUCAUUUUCCUGUAGAUCAAGGCAAAUAUAUCAGUAGCUUUCUUACACGCCUACUAAGAAAGCUAUUAUAUAGCUGAAAGAAAACUGCUGGAAGGAAAAUAUCGAUUUCUUACAUCUUUCACUUAGUAUUUUACCUAGCAUUUCAAAACCCAAAUGACUAGAACAUGUAUAAUUAAACUUCACAAUACAAAGUUCAACAAUUAAUUACAUGCAUAUUUAAAAACAAUGUUCUACUUCAAUCUCUCUCUUUUCUGGAUAACUUUAAGAUUUUUUUCCCCUAAAAAGAAUCAGUGUUCUGCUUUUAGUCACAUAUGUAUUUUCAUUACCACUCAUAAAAAGGUAUCUUUUGAAAAUGAAUUCAAUCUUGAAACACUGGAUGUCAUUUACAAUAUUAUGUCUUCUAAUUAAUAUAUGAAUUUAAUGUCAAUAUGAGGUAUUAAAACAAGCACAGAAAAUCA